AGCAGGAUAGCCAUGGCCACCGUUGAGAAAGUGUCCACGUCCACAUCCACGACCACCGUGGAGCGAAAGGCCAAUCCCGUGAAAUCAUUUCUCACCGGAGGAUUCGGAGGGAUCUGCAAUGUUUUAUCCGGCCAUCCACUGGACACCAUCAAGGUGCGCCUGCAGACGAUGCCACGUCCGGCGCCUGGAGAGCAACCCAUGUACAGAGGAACCUUCGAUUGUGCCGCCAAGACCAUCAAGAACGAAGGAGUCCGUGGCUUGUACAAGGGAAUGUCCGCGCCCUUGACAGGGGUUGCUCCAAUUUUUGCCAUGUGUUUCGCUGGCUAUGCCCUGGGAAAACGCCUGCAACAGCGCGGCGAGGAUGCAAAACUCACCUACUCGCAAAUCUUUGUGGCCGGCUCGUUUUCCGGUCUGUUUUCCACCUUGAUAAUGGCUCCCGGAGAGCGGAUCAAGGUCCUGUUGCAGACGCAGCAGGGACAAGGAGGCCAGCGCAAGUACAACGGAAUGAUCGACUGCGCCGGAAAGCUCUAUAAGGAGGGAGGACUUCGCAGCGUUUUCAAGGGCAGCUGCGCUACAAUGCUCAGGGAUCUGCCCGCCAACGGCUUGUACUUCCUAGUCUAUGAAUGCCUUCAGGAUGUGGCAAAGUCCAAGUCGGAGACUGGGCAAAUCAACACUACCUCAACGAUUUUGGCUGGCGGUGCUGCGGGCAUGGCUUACUGGAUUCUGGGAAUGCCAGCCGAUGUUUUGAAGAGUCGCCUACAAUCGGCUCCGGAGGGAACUUACAAACAUGGCAUUCGCAGUGUCUUCAAGGAUCUGAUCGUUAAGGAUGGUCCACUGGCUCUGUAUCGGGGCGUUACGCCAAUCAUGAUUCGCGCAUUCCCCGCCAAUGCUGCUUGUUUCUUUGGCAUCGAGCUAGCCAAUAAUUUCUUCAAUAUUGUAGCGCCAAACUUCUAAUCUAAAUUUAUAUUCUUGGAAAGUGAUUAAAGAAAUUUUCAGUUAUUUGAAAAUCUUGAAAGAAAAUAUAUCUAUUUGUAUAGAUCGCAUACACAAA